AUGUCCGAAGGCGGCUAUGAUUCUUUCGAUGACGAGAUCGUUAUCAAGAAUCCCAGUGUGAUAGAUGUUCUUAACAGCUCAGACAGUUGCGAUGACUCUCUGCCACCCACGCCUCCUCCAGCUGAAGGCGUUCAUGCUCUGCCUGGACGUAGUCUUCCUCCAAAUGAUGAUGACGAGUUCAGCGAUCCACCACCAACUCCGCCUCCUGCAACAACUCGUAAACGGAAGCCCACACAAGACAGCGACGAAUAUGACGAAGAUGAACAAAAUCUGCCCCCAACUCCACCUCCUAUCCAAUGUGGAGACGUUCUACCUUUUAAUUUUCUGCAUACGAUUUCAUUACGAUACGAUUUCCAAGAAUAUGUACAUUUAGACGAGAUGUCUAAGCCAAUGCCCAUAAUGAACCGAUCUCAAUCAUCUCGCGACAAUACUUUUUUGGGUGCUACACCUUCUCAAAAGGCUCUGCAAACAUUGAAGCAUUACUUCGGUCAUUCGUAUUUCCGCCCUAAGCAGUGGGACAUUGUGCGAAAUGCUCUGGAAGGAAAGGAUCAGCUCGUGCUGAUGUCUACUGGAUACGGCAAAAGUGUAUGUUAUCAACUGCCGGGCCUAAUGUCUUCGUUCCUGACGCUGGUAGUAUCACCACUUAUCUCUUUAAUGAACGAUCAAGUGAUGAGUCUUACGCUGAAUGGGGUCUCGGCGUCUGUUUUAUGUGGUACUACUUCACUGAAUCAAAGAGACGAUAUUAUGGACAAUAUCGAGAGCGGGUCAUUGAGGCUGAAUGGGGUCUCGGCGUCUGUUUUAUGUGGUACUACUUCACUGAAUCAAAGAGACGAUAUUAUGGACAACAUCGAGAGCGGAUCAUUGAGGUUCCUUUACCUCACCCCGGAGUAUGUUGAAAAUGCGACGAGCCUCUUGCAUAGAAUUAAAUCGAAAGUUCGACUGAUUGCAAUUGACGAAGCUCAUUGUGUCUCGCAAUGGGGUCAUGACUUCCGUGCUUCAUAUCGCCAUCUUGCGAAGAUCAGGAAUAUUCUGAGUGAUUGCCCUGUGAUGGCUCUGACAGCUACUGCCACUAAAGUGGUUAGAAAAGAUAUAAUUGAUAGUCUGGAACUGAUCAACCCGGUUGUCGUUUGUACUGGAUUUGACAGGAGAAAUCUAUACUUGUCGGUUAGUCAAAUGACUUCCAUGAAAGAAGAUCUCACUAAGCUUUUAGUUGCUGAAGACAAUGUGCUGGGACGACAUUUUGGUGGUGCUACCAUUAUUUACUGCCAGACUCGAGCUAUGGUAGAGUCGGUUCAUGAGUAUCUUAGAGGUCAGUUCGGUUUCGUAGUGAGGACUCUUUCACUCAUAUUCCUCGAUGCUAAUUAUGCUUAA